AUGGCUCCUGUCGGUUCGGGGCUUUGGCGCACAUUGCGCGCGCAUCAGGUCUACGGUGCUAAUACCGACGUUGGCAAGACAAUUGUCUCGACGGUAUUGUGUAAUGCUGUACAGAGACAAAAGCAGCGGGCCGCGUUCCUUAAGCCCGUGUCUACUGGGGCAUUGGAUGAUGCUGAUAACCGGCACUUAGAAAGGUACGGAGCUGGAGCAUUGACCAAGUGCUUGUAUCAGUUCGAUGAACCAGUCAGCCCGCAUCUCGCGGCGAAAUCGAAGACUAUUCCACGAGAUGAGGAUCUCCUUGCAUCUAUUCAUCAGACACUGUCCGGGUGGGCACGCUCGGACAUUGAUUUUGCGCUGGUCGAGACCGCCGGCGGCGUGCAUUCUCCCGGUCCCAAUGGCAAUUCCCAAGCGGAUCUAUAUCGCCCUCUCAGAUUACCCAUUGUCCUUGUCGCAGAUUCUCGACUAGGCGGUAUCUCCUCUUCGAUAUCCGCCUAUGAGUCUCUGUUGAUCCGUGGAUACGAUGUUCAAUCCGUAUUACUGUUCCGCGAUGAGUAUUAUCAAAACCAUGAAUACCUUGGUGAUUACUUCCGCAAUAAAAGCAUUCCUUUGGUGCAUUUGCCAGCUCCGCCUGCAAAGCCAAUGCAGACGGACCCCGAUGCCCAGCAAAGGGAUGAAGAAGCUAUGCUGGCCUAUUACGGCCAAGCUUCUCGGGAGUCAGAGAUCCUGCGUCUCCUCGAAGAAAUGACCAUCAAAAAUAAGCAGCGGAUUGAGAGGCUAGAAGAAAUGACCGACCGCGCGCAAGAGCUGAUUUGGUAUCCCUUCACUCAACACCAGGGUAUGCAGGCCAAGGAUAUCACAGUCAUUGAUUCUGCCCACGACGACUAUUUCCACACCUUCGGUUCCAAAGGCACUGCCAACCAGGAAGGAGAGCUCCGGCCAACCUUUGACGGUUCCGCAUCUUGGUGGACUCAGGGACUGGGUCAUGGAAACCCCGAGCUAUCCCUCUCAGCCGCCUACGCAGCUGGUCGAUACGGCCAUGUGAUGUUUGCGGGCACGGUUCACGAGCCAGCACUUUCCCUUGCAGAAAGCCUACUGAAGACCCUCGACAACCCCCGCUUCAGCAAGGUAUUCUACACCGAUAACGGUAGCACGGGAAUGGAAGUGGCGAUCAAGAUGGGUCUCCGGGCUGCGUGCGAUAGAUAUGGCUGGGAUGCCAGCCAAGAGAAAAUCAAUAUCCUUGGACUUAAGGGCAGUUAUCAUGGUGAUACCAUCGGUGUGAUGGAUUGCUCCGAGCCAUCAACCUACAACAAAAAGGUGGAGUGGUACCGCGGUCGCGGUCACUGGUUUGACUUCCCUCUGGUCAAAAUGGUUGAUGGUCAAUGGAAGGUGGAAGUUCCCGUGGAGCUUCGAGAAGACCUCGGCCCCGACGCAGAGUUCAGUUCCUUGGGAUCAGUAUUCGAUUUGAACAGCCGACUUGAAUCUGACGCCAGUCAGCGCUACAAGAAGUACAUACACCGCACGAUCAAGGAUCUUGUCGAAACCCACGGCAUGAAGUUCGGUGCUCUCAUUUUAGAGCCUGUUAUCCUCGGUGCUGGUGGAAUGCUUUUCUGUGACCCCCUAUUCCAGCGAUGCCUGACCGACGUCGUUCGUGAGCAUCCAGAACUCUUUUCCCCCAACGCAACAUCACCCAAGGCCUCUCCAUCCUGGUCCGGUCUACCAGUGGUCUUCGAUGAAGUGUUCACUGGACUUUACAGACUCGGUCGCCCAACGUCUGCAUCCUUCUUAGACGUCCACCCUGACAUUGCCGUGAACGCAAAGCUUCUCACUGGCGGUCUUAUUCCUCUCUGCACCACAGUAGCAAGCCAGGAGAUCUUCGACACAUUCUCUAGUCCUGAGAAGAGUGACGCACUUCUUCACGGCCACAGUUACACGGCUCAUGCCUCGGGCUGCACAGUUGCUGUUGACUCACUGCGGGCGAUGUCUAAAAUGGACAAAGAUGGGUCCUGGGAUGGAUACCGUGCAGACUGGCAGAACACUCCAUCGUCAGCUGCUUCUGCGCCUGAAGUGUGGAGUGUCUGGUCGAAUGGCCUUCUGAAGGACCUUUCUUGUGCGGAGUCAGUAGAAAGUGUUUUCGCUAUCGGAACUGUAUUGAGUAUUUCCUUACGCGAUGCAGAGGGUGCUGGUUAUAAUUCAACCGCUGCGAAGGGCUUGCAGCAGAAGCUCGCCGCCGGUGGAGAUCAAUUCAACGUUCAUUCCCGGGUAUUGGGCAAUGUGUUGUACUUGAUGUCUAGCGUCACCUCGAAGCCCGAGUCAUUGCAGGAGCUGGAGAGCCUUCUCCGGUCCGCCCUUGUCUGA